AGAUUAGUUUGUUAAUCAGUUUUCUCACUCCUUUAUAUACCUAUAAAAACAGCUCAUUUCUUCAAAAAUUAAAUACUUCUUACUUAUUUAGUUUGAAGCUUUUUUUUCCUCUCUCUAUUUUCAAUAUGAGUAGUGAUGAUCCUUUACAUAACGCCGGCGGCCACCUUAAGCCGUCAAGUACACCGUCGCCGGCUGGGGAUUCAACUACGCGCCGUGUGGACUCCGACUUCGUCGUCGUCCUGGCGGCGCUUCUCUGUGCACUCAUUUGCGUUCUCGGCCUUGUUGCCGUUGCUCGCUGCAACUGGAUCCGUCGGAUCUCCGGAAGUAUUGCCGGGAAUUCAGCGUUUGCAUCAGCUCCGGCGAAUAAAGGUUUGAAGAAGAAGGUACUCAAGUCUCUUCCGAAGUUCAAUUACGGAGCUGAACACGCUGAUAAAUUCUCUGAAUGUGCAAUUUGCUUAGCGGAAUUUGCAGUCGGAGAGGAAAUUCGUGUGUUGCCGCAGUGUGGACAUGGUUUUCAUGUUGGAUGUAUUGAUACUUGGUUAGGUUCGCACUCUUCCUGUCCUUCUUGCCGGUCGAUUUUGGUCGUUACGAGAUGUCAUAAGUGCGGUGAGUUGCCGGUAGCUAGCUCCUCAUCGUCGUCGUCAUCUGCGGCGGCGACCGGAGCUGGGACGGAAAGCCGAUUACCGAGAAAUUAUCAUGUAAAUGCAUUUCUGCCGUAAAUCUCUUAGGUAUUAAUUAUUUGAUUAGGCUGUGUGGAUAUGUUAAUUAAGUACUGUUAAGUGUAAUCUCUGUAUGUUUAACGUGUAUAUCCUUCCAGCUCUACUGUAUCAGCAAUUAGGAUUACAGAAAAGUGAAAACUACUGUUUGGAUUA